AUGCGUCAAGACAAAGCAGACAAAGCCAUCAAUAAAUUAAAAAACCAUUGGAAAAAGGAUAUCCAAAAGGCUACUAAUCAAGAAGAAUUAAAUGUUUUAAACGACCGCAUAAACGAACUAAAUUAUGGCAAUUUGCCACCGAAAAAAAAACAAGUUUUUCUGGAAGAACUUCAAAAAAAUCAACGAGUAAAAAUUUGA